UCUGACGAGUCUGUAUGGGUUAUUUUCGCUCUGCUUCCCUGAUGUGCUGCUGUCACUGGAUUAUAAACACAGACAUGAUCACAUCUACGGACGGGAUCGAUUGUGGACGCACAUGUGAAUAUAUAACGUGCUGGAUAAGCUUCUGUGUGUAGUUUCGGCAAAAUAAUGAAGAUGUACAAUGGCUUCUGAAGUGUGAUUCAUGAUGCCAUGCUCAGACACGGUUGCAGGUGGAGACUAAAUGUGGCCGAGGUCUCGACAGAAUUGUCCACAUGACAUCCUUUUUCACGUCAUUCUUUUACUGAUGUCAAGCUCUGAGUUCUUUUGAUUGGUGCCAUGACCAGUCAGGGUGGUGGCCAUGCAGACACACUAAGCCCCCCUUCUUCAUCCUCCUCUUCUCGGGCCUCAGCAGCCCGUAAGCUGCAGGUGCAGCGGUCGCUCUCCCGAGAUACCAUCACCAUACACUUUUCCGCCAAGGGAAAUGAGGAAGAGGAGGAGGAAGAAGAGCUCUACAGGCUAGCUGUUUCCCCUUCUGGCCUUGAAACUGAAGAUCAUACUGUAGUCACAGCUCAGGAGGCCAGUGAGGAGCUUCUCUCUGAAGGACUGGAAGCGGACAUGGUCACGGGACUGUCAUCCCAGACCCAUAGUUCUGCCCUAGCUAUACAGCAUCCCUCCAUCAGCUUGGGUUGCACAUCAACUUCUAGUCUUGCUAGCUUCUCAUGGCCCUCUGAACAGAGGUCGACUCCCCCAGUACCUUCUACCCAUUCAGCUUCCUCUAGCUCAUCCCCAGCCAAGGCGUCUGGCCUUCCCUCAAAGCCCUUCCUUAGCCUAGUCAAGUCCCUUUCUACUGAGGUGGAAUCUCGUGAGGUUGCUCCCCAGUCAAUAAGGCACCGGCAUUUGAUGAAAACAUUGGUUAAGUCUUUGUCCACAGACACUGCUCGGUCCGAGCAGGAAUCUUCAUCGACGCAUCGGCCCCCAGAUUCCCGGCUCAAUCUGCACCUCUUCAAACCUUUCAGUCAGACUCGUGUUCCUGCUGCCAGUGGAGACUCCAAAACUGCUCCCUCAUCCCCCCUCACCUCACCAGAUAGCCGGUCCUUCUUCAAAGUUCAGGAGGUGGAGGCACGUAUUGAAGACACAAAGCGGCGUCUGUCAGAGGUCAUGUGUGAACCUCUUCAGCUGCUCAGCAAAAUCAUUGGUGAGGAGCCUGGUGGCCUCAGCGCAAACACAUCCACAACUGCAGGAGUCUCUUACCGGUCUAGGAACCUUUCCUCCAGCGCCUCUGAACUCUCCAGUUUGUCUGCCCUCAAUGGCCACUCAGAAAGCAACAAUAACUACUGCAUCAAGGAAGAGGAAGACCUGGAGGGUGAAAGUCCUCUUGAGGGCCCAACUGUUGAGCUGCCUUUGCACAAGUCACCUUCUCUGGGCUUGGACAGGUGUUUCAUGUCAACGCUUGCUCGUCAAGAAGAUGAAGAAUUUUGCGAGCUCUACACUGAAGACUGUGAACUCUGCACUGACACAGAGUUAGAUGGAGAAGGGCCUCGUUCAUCCCAAGUCCGACGAGGGAGUACAGGGGGAUGCAGUGAGGAACCAACUGAAGGAGGGGAGGAGGAGGAGGAAGAAGAUGAGCCUCCAGGAGUACCCCACAAUGCACUGAUUCUACUUAUAUCUAUAGUUUAUGGUUACUUUGUGUUGCCACUACCUACAUAUGUGUGUUGGGUGUUGAUGGGAGUGGUGGCAGGUUUCAUGCUAGCCAUUUUGGUGGUGUGGCUAUCAGCAAGAGGCAGAUCUUCAUGUGGCCGUCAUGGCAGCUGGAGCAGAAGAGAAAAAUGGAACAGGGUUCCUCUGGAUAUCAAAGAACCAACCAUCUACAAGGGUUGGAUGAAUGAGAUAUACAGCUAUGACCCUGAGACGUAUCACGCCACACUCACUCACUCUGUGUAUGUGCGUCUGGAGGGCUCUGUCCUGCGACUGUCCAAACCUAACCGCAAUAUUCCCCGCCGGGCAACCUUCAAUGAGCUCAAACCUGACAUCACCUAUGUUAGCCAGAAAAUCUACGAUCUCACCAACAGUAAGAUCUACCUGGUACCUCACAGCUUGGCCAGGAAAAGGGUGUGGAAUAAAAAGUAUCCCAUCUGCAUUGAGCUGGCCAAGCAGGAUGACUUCUUGGCCAAAGUACAGGGAGAUAGGUCCGACGUGGUGGAAGAGAAGACCCCUGCAGCAGGAGACAGGCCUGAGGCUGUAGGCACUAGUGAGGAACCUAAAAGAGCGCACACAGAACCUGUGCUGUACCUGUUUGGGAGGACAGGAAGAGACAAAGAAGAAUGGUUCAGAAGGAUGCUACUUGCGUCCAAGCUGAAAUCCGAAGCCAAGAAGCCCUCAGGCCUUCCUACAAGCUGUCUGUCUCAUAGCCGCAGCAGCAGUCGCGGCAGCCUGGAUGAAGUGCUCCAGACUCAUCCCAGACAAAAAGACCUUGAUGCCAGUGUCAAACAGAAAGUUCUGGAAUACAACGUCUACAUGGCCAAAUAUGUCAGCCAGUCUGCAGGCAGUCCCACCACAAGCCCUGUUCAGAGUGCUGGAAGCAGCCCGGGAGUCGUGAAAAAGUUUCCAGCCAGUCACGAGCAGGAGUCAGAGUCUGAAGCCUGGGUCAAUGCUCUUUUAGGGCGCAUUUUCUGGGACUUUCUUGGAGAGAAAUACUGGGCAGAUGUGGUGUCCAAAAAGAUCCAGAAAAAGCUGAGUAAGAUCAGGUUGCCAUACUUCAUGAAUGAACUGACCCUCACAGAGCUGGACAUGGGAAUGUCUGUUCCUAAAAUCCUCAGCUCCUCCAAACCAUCUGUGGAUCACAGAGGCCUUUGGUUUGACUUGGAGAUCUCGUACAACGGUUCAUUUCUCAUGACUCUUGAAACCAAGAUGAACCUGACCAGACUGGGAAAAGAGGGGGAAGGUCUUGGAGAACAGGGAAAAGAAGGACACAGACCACGCACUUACUUCCUGGCCGACAGUGAUGAAGAGUCAUCGAGUGCAGGAUCUUCUGAUGAGGAAGAUGCUGUGGAAGUGCCUGAUAUUCCAGGAGUGGAAAGUUAUGUUGGGGGACACCGACCCAGCAAAAUCAUGCGCUUUGUGGACAAGAUUGCCAAGUCCAAGUAUUUCCAGAAAGCAACAGAAACGGAGUUCAUUAAGAAGAAGAUAGAGGAGGUGUCCAAUACACCACUGGUCCUAACGGUGGAGGUUCAGGAGUGUCGGGGAACACUAGCUGUCAACAUUCCACCACCUCCAACAGACAGGAUAUGGUAUGGUUUCAGAAGUCCUCCUCAUCUGGAACUGAAAGCUCGGCCUAAACUGGGCGAGAGAGAGGUUACUUUUGCUCAUGUGACUGACUGGAUAGAAAAUAAACUCAAUCAGGAGUUUCAGAAAAUAUUUGUAAUGCCAAACAUGGAUGACGUCUGGCUGCCUAUCAUGCACUCUGCCAUGGACACGCGGUCCAAUGCCAAUGCCUUGAAGAAUGAAGAAACCUUGGACCCUGAGGAGUCCCUUGAGGACAUGUGAAGAUUUAGUUACUGUAUAAAACAAAAGAUAAACACUUCAGUCCCAUGAGGGCAGGACUAUACCUGAGUUGAAAAUUACAGGUGCCAUAUUGCCCAUUUGAACAGAGCUGUGAAAAAUCUGAACACAUCAAUAACUAAAAGAAAGGACAAUAUUGCUUGCUUGCUUGCUUGCUUUUGAUUUGUUCGGGACAGUACGAUUGCACAUGCUGUUGGCCCUCAAACAGGAUAAAGUGACACACUAAAAUGCAUAGAGGUGAUGUUGAACAACACGUGAAGAGGCAGUAUAGAACAUAGAAGACACAUGUGACUAGGUGAAGUGUAUACGCUACCUCUGUUUGAUGCACGCUGACUUACCAAACGUCCUAGUGUUGCAUGACAGUACUUAAACUCUUUCCUCCAAUAGCCUAACGCCCAGAUGGCAGAUAUGAAUUACGAGGGUUUUCACUGGACUUUUGGUAUGACAGGGUGCCUGCAAACCACCUGGAGGGUUCGAUAUUUGGGGCCGCACAUCCUCGGGAUUUAUAGAACGUGCUAAACACCAUUAACGGAUGAGUCUGGUCAUUUUAACAGAAACUAAGCCAAAAGGGGGCAUUUCCGAGAUUUGCACCCAUUUAUGAUUUUCUCAUGAUUGUCAUAUGCUUCUAGCAGCAAAUAAUUUCUUAAACACAACAGACCUACUAGUACCACCAUUAUCCUCUUCCAUUCACCGCUGCCUGAGCCCUCUGUGUGGCGUCUGAUUAUGCAAUUAGAUCAAUUUCACUGUGCUCAAGAGGGACACCAGCCAAUAACCUCUCAUCCCUAAGCCAUCCCUACUCAAGCGGACUAUUCUAGAUGAUAGGGUUCAAGAGCUUUCUGUGUGAGAUAUCUCCAGUCAAUCAUUGCCCCUCUGCAAUGGCCGUAGAUCAGUGGUUCUCAAAUGGUGAGUUGCAGGUCUGUUCUCAAAGAACAACAGGGAUAAAGGUGCAAAGUUAAGAAAGCAAGAUAAAUAGGCCAAUCUUUUAAAAUAGAGGGGGAAAGACUUCUUAUAUCUUUGUAUAGAUUGAGUUUGUCGUCUUUUGGGACAUUCAUGUCUCAGAACCCAAACAGAUCUGUCUGUUUGUAGGGGGACCAGAAGACAAAUUUGCCAUGGGUUGUAAUUUCUUGCUAGUUUUUAGAAAGGUGUUUUAUGAUCAUACAAGUAAAAUAAGGUCUGUGUCGAAUAUUACUUAAGCGGCUUUCACAUUUUUACAUAAAUUGCACUCAAAUGUGAAUUUAAAGCCAUUGUGUUUUUCAUAAAUGUAAGUUGCUAAAUAAAGAGUACAAUCUAUAAUCUAAAUUAAAAAGCAAAUUUUAUGGGUUUUUGAACUGAAGAUUUAACGAAGUAAAGAACAGAUGGCCAGAUGCUAAUGGACUCUGUGUGUGGCCUGCCCUCGCCUUUAAAAACCAUUAACAAAACUGCACAAGGUGUAUAAAAUACAACCCAAAUACAUUAUAUAUGAUAUAUAUAUUUGUGCUGAUCACAAUGUUUCUUAUUCAGCCUGUCUUGUAAAUAACUUUGUAUAUUGUUGGGCAGUUAAUGGUAAUAUUAAUAUAUUUAACUGUUUAAUUUGAAAGGUAUUUUGUUUUACUUUUGAAUGUGAAUGAAUUCUGGACUGUGUUGGGAUGUCCAAUCUAGAAUUUGGGUCCUGAAGCAAAACCAGUUGAGAACCACUGGGCUACACCUCGCAUUGCAUUUCAGAUCAAGGCUCAAAAUAAGUGCUAUUCUAUUUCCAACGCAGAUUAACUUGUGUGUUGUGUACAUGUAAAGAAGAUUGUUGAAUGUACAAAACAGUUCAUAUUUUUGUCUACCUUGUUUGGCAUAGUUUGUCAAGUGUUGCUAUCUGUGUUGCUGUCUGGUAGACUUUUUUUUUUUUUUUUUUUUUUUUUAAACACUGCGCUUGCAGGCCAUUGGUGUAUUAAAUCAUGUAGGUAGUUUCUGUUGGUUAACAGGGGCAAGUGAACUUUGCCAUCUAAAAUAUCAUGAAUGAGUUACGACAUUCAUCCAUUAUCAGAUACUUAACAGGUAUUGACAGGUCUGAAAGUGUUUUGUAUCCAACAACAUAAGUUAUAUAUCUUAGCUGCUGCUAAGGUUUAUGCUACCAUAUUGCCAUUCACAGUUGAUCUUUUCUGUGCGCUCUGCCAAUUGUUAUUUCUUUUGUGCAAUAUUUCAUUUGAAUAUUGUGUUCUGCCAUAUUGACAACAUGAUUGUGUGUGGAAAUUGAUAAACGGCUUUUGCAAAAAUAA